AGAGUACGACAAUCUGGCAACGUUGCUAAGAAGCGAUGAAGGUCAAAAGAAGAAGAAGAAGAGCAAGAGGAGGAGGAGGAAGAAGAAGAGGAAGGCGUCGUCUGCUCUGCUCCGCGAUCAGCUGCUGAGGGCGGCCAGGACGAGACACGCAGACGGCCACACCCUCCCGCCGCCAUGGGCAUGAACCGCAUACUUCAGGGCAUCAUGAGGUACAGGAACACCUACAGGGAGAGCAUGGUCAAGCAGUUCGAGGUGGUGCGAGACGACCCCCAUCCCAAAGCCGUCUUCUUCACCUGCAUUGACAGUCGGAUGCUGCCCACCAGGUUCACCCAGACCAACGUUGGGGACAUGUUCAUCGUGCGUAAUGCCGGAAACCUGGUGCCCCACGCCAACCUGAGUGGUCAUGAGGAGAUCACCACGGAGCCGGCCGCCCUCGAGCUAGGCUGUGUCAUCAACGGCAUCAAACAUGUUAUUGUCUGCGGGCACUCAGACUGUAAGGCCAUGAACAUGCUGCACAUGAUGCGCAACAGUGACCGCACACUCCAGGAGAUGCUGAAACUCUCCCCGCUCAAGGCCUGGCUAGUGCGCCACGGACACUCCUCCAUCGUCAAGUUUGCCCAGCUUGAAGUGUCUGACUUCCAGGCUCCAUUAGUGUUCCAGGCUGAGACUCCAAUGAGGCGGUUUGUGGCCUACAUUGACCCAGACAACCGGUUCACAGAGGAGGACAAGCUGUCACAGGUCAACACACUCCAGCAGCUGCAGAACAUUGCCAGCUACAACUUCAUGCGGGAAGGCCUGUCAAGGGGCCGAGUCUACAUUCAUGCCCUCUGGUUUGACAUUUACACAGGUGACAUUUAUUACUUCUCACGCCAGCAGAAGAUGUUUGUUGACGUCAACGAGUCCAACUUAGAGAAGCUUCUGGAUGAGGUCUUGAAGUAUUACACCUAAUCAUAUUAUAUUCUAUAGCAUCUAUUUUGUGUAUGUAAAUAUUUGUAUUUCUUAGUGGUGUAUAUUUGUAGUCUUUUUGUAUUUUUUGAUUCUCAGAACAAUUUUGAUAUUGUGCAAUAAUUAUUUUGAAUCUUAUGUAUAUAUUAGAUGUAUAUGAGUAGGUGACAAAUCUGUCUUUUAUAGAGAAAAGUAAAAUAUAUAUAUUCUGGCAUAGAUAUUUAUAGAAUAUUUUCUUCAACUAAAAACAUAGAAUUAUAUAUGAUCACAAUCAGCAUCACUGUCUUGGUUGUUGCCUCACAUUCCAUGACAUGUGAGGUGCAAGUUGUGUGUGCAGUAUUCUUUGGUUUGGGCACAAUGCUGAGUCAUAAUGGAACUAGUGGACAAGUAUAAUGUCUUGUCUCAGCACAAAGUGAUGAGUAUGAGUUUAAAUACAAUGUUGAUAACAGAGAAUAAUUAAGGAAUAGAGUUCUGUUGUGUAGAGCCAAUGUUAAGUAUCAAUGGACACGUUGAAAUAUGUGUGUCCUAUCUCAAAAUUCAAGUGGUUUGUAUGUUUGUGUGUGAGAGUGUGAAUGCAUGUGUGCUUGUUUGUGAGCAUGUAUCUAUACACACUAUACAGGGAACAUUUUAAAAGUAUUCCCAGAGUAGACAUUCCUCACAUGUUUUUGACCAGGCACCUCAGCCAGCCCUUGUCACUGUCUACUCACCAGAUCUUGUGAUGCACUUCCUCCCCCUCUCUUGUCCUGCUGUGUGAGUCUUGGUGAUACAAUGGUAUUUAAAGUUGCACAAAUGUUAAAGGGUAUGCAUAUUUUUAUGCUGAUAUGAUUAAUUUCCAUUUUAUUAACUGCAUGCUUUUGCAGUCUAUUCCUUAUACUGAGGAAAGGCUUGUUUGUACCAAGAUGUCAGCAAACGUAGAACAGUAUAGGUAGCAUUAUGGCUUGCACAAGUCUAUUUACAGUUUUAUCACAAAUGUUAAAAUAUAAAAUUCAGUACAAAGUUAUCUCUGUCAGUGGUGUGGCUUUGUUAAGGAGAGUACAAGGGGCAUGUGUGCCCCUCUUGCCAACCUUGGUUUCUGCCAGGUGAUCCUUGCACAAAAUGUCCAUGGAGUUAAUUUUACCACAUUGUUUAGUGUUCAUGCAGCAGCAAUGCAUUCAUUACCACCCUAGUGCCCCUCUGAGCUUCAUCCCUCUCAAGUAAAAUUCCCAUGCCACUCUAGAUUAAGGCAUAUUAACUGCCUUUAUAUUGGGCUUCCACAUGCAUCCACCCACAGUUGUGAGUGUGUUGAUCUCAAGUGUGACAAACAUGACAAAGAGGCUGAGAGAAAGUAGGAGCUGUAUUGAAUGAAGGUUUCAAGCAGUAACACAUUCUGAAUACCAAAGUUUAUGAGAGAGAGAGAGAGAGAGAGAGAAUGUAUGUGUGUAUUUAGAGGGUAUCCAUUUAAACUUUGAAGAGCUCAAUCCCAGUGCCAUAGGUUGGUAUUAUAAGACACUUUCGCUUCUCACAUCACCUAUUUAUAAAUGUCAGAGAGGGGGUCAAUUGGGUUCUAAUGCGUGUUUCUUCAGGUUCAUGGUACAGAAGAAGGGUCAAACUACAACCAGGGUCAUAAAACUACUCCUGUAAAUACCCACAGCAAAUACGCAAGCCUUCUCAAAUAUGUGUUCUUGGGCAGUGAAAUGUCUUGUAAUACGACCCAUAGUGUUUCAUUUAUGAUCUAAAGAGACAAUGCAGUUUGAUAUUUCUAUACUUUACUACCUCAGGGUGUAUGUUGCAUUGUUUUGUUGCUUUGUAGUCUUAUAUUGAUUAUUUUAUAUUUUCAGUCAUCCCUUUUACAUGUCUCAGGUCAUGUAGCAGCUCAGCCCCCCCCCCUCACACACAUAUACACACACUCCUUCAUCCCUUGUAUUGUGUAAUGGUGAAGAGGCCUGGGUGGAGAACAUGUUAUUUGUAUAUCUGUCUUUAUGUUGUUACUGAUGGGUUAUAUUUACAUUUCUGGGUGGUAAAACAAAUGGAAUUGCUUAACAGUGUAGUAGUACGACCCAUUAACUAAUGAAACCAAACCCAGUAAUGUAGCUCUUACAAGUUUAUCAUACAUAAUGGUGCCAUUAUAAAUAAACAUUCAUUCAUAUCACUAACUUGCUGGCCCAUCCCACCACUUUUUUUUUUUCUUGACUGCCUCCUGUGCUUUGAAAAAAAAAAGUGAUAGGUGUAUUCACAACUUUCUACCAUCCUUCCAAAUAUAUUAACCCAAAAUACAUGAGUGCAUUUAUCUAAACUGUGACAAGUAGGACAAAUUUAAGAACCUAAUGUGAUCUAGCCAUCUUACACCCAGGAAAUGUAAAUUAUGACCCAUAGUUCUCAUUCAUUUAUUUCUACCUAUUUCGUCGCAUUGUGUUGUGAGCUUUAUGUGUAAGGAAUGUACAUGACACUUCUUUAUCCUGAAGUUUUGACCAUCAGUCACAUCAUGGUCACACAUCCAAGGUUACCACUGUCACAAUAAAAAGGAGAUGUGUAGCUGUUCA